AUGAAUUUCAUUGACGCGUACAGAAAUAUACCCAAAUUGUGGGAUAUAGAAUGCUCUUUAUAUCCGAAUCAAAUCGAAAAAGCGGCCACGUACAAUGUUUUAGUAAAAAAACUAAAACCUAUCGAGUCUGAUGUGACUCGUGAUAGUAUUAUUAAAAAAAAUAAACAACCUUCUAUCAACUUUUCAGAAAAAAUUAUAAAAGGUAUUCAAAAAGAUCGGGGUACGGGAA